AAAAGAAAUUAAAUUAAAUCACCGCCGCCUCUCCAGCGGUGCCGCGGCGGGUAAGGGAAGCGGCGGUGGCUGGGCAGAGAGGAGGCAGAGCGCGGGGGGCGAGCCGGGGAGCACCGCGCUCUCCCUCCCAAACUUUGAUGAUGACCAUGACUACGAUGGCUGACGGGCUGGACGCGCAAGACUCCUCCAAAUCCGCCUUCAUGGAGUUCGGGCAACAGCAGCCGCCGCCGCCGCAGCCGCCGCCGCCGCCCCACUCCCAGCAGAGCUCGCCGGCGAUGGCCGGAGCCCACUACCCGCUGCACUGCCUGCACUCCGCCGCCGGCUCGCACCCGCACCACCAGCAUCACCACCACAGCUCGCCCUACUCCGGCAGCGCCGGCUCCUACAACCACCGCUCGCUGGCCGCCUACCCCUACGUGAGCCACUCGCAGCACAGCCCUUACCUCCAGUCCUACCACAACAGCAGCGCGGCCAGCCAGACGCGGGCGGACGAUGCAGAUCAGCAAAAAACCACAGUGAUUGAAAACGGUGAAAUCAGAUUUAAUGGAAAAGGGAAAAAGAUUCGGAAGCCUCGAACCAUUUACUCUAGUCUACAACUCCAGGCUUUAAAUCAUCGCUUUCAGCAGACUCAGUACCUGGCACUUCCAGAGAGAGCUGAACUGGCAGCUUCAUUAGGACUUACCCAGACACAGGUGAAGAUCUGGUUUCAGAACAAGCGCUCCAAAUUCAAGAAGCUGCUGAAGCAGGGCAGUAACCCCCACGAAAGCGACCCUCUGCCCGGCUCCGCUGCCCUCUCCCCUCGCUCUCCGGCUCUGCCUCCGGUCUGGGACGUUUCAGCCUCUGCCAAGGGAGUCAAUAUGCCUCCAAACAGCUACAUGCCUGGCUAUUCUCACUGGUAUUCUUCUCCACAUCAAGACACAAUGCAGAGACCACAAAUGAUGUGAAUUGUCCAAGAGAAAUUAUCUCCCAAGAACGCCUCGUCUCGACAUGGCAAGAAGUUCCCCUGCUUUGCCAAGCCGUGCCAGCUAACAGGCUCUGUGUGAACUUGUAGAUGCGGCAAAGAGACAGAGUGGCUUUUUUUUUUUUUUUUUUUUUUUUUUUUUUUUUUUUUUUUUUUUUUUUUUUUAAGUAACCUCAGCGAUUGAUCUUGAACAGAAAGACACAAUUUUCAUUCUGGCGCACAGAAGACACUUCUCUUUAGGAUAUUUUCCUUUGGACUCCAAGGCACCAGCCUCUUUCUCUGUGGAGUAUACGUCAAAACAAACUUUUUACAGACUUUGCCCACAAGAACCUGAAUCUACCAUGGCAGCCGUUUUUACUUGUUUAAUGAGCUAAAGACAUUACAUGAUGAAUGAGAGACUAGUCAAAGCUCCUUCAUUUUUAUUCACCAAAUCCGGACUGGGGAAAGGAUUAAAAGACAGAAGUGAUUUUUUCUUAAAAAAAAAAAAAAAAAUAAGAAUGGGGGAAAAAAAGGAGAACUGGUUGAAAAAUGCAAAUAUACUGUAAGAUUAGAACAUUACCACGAAGCAAAAUCUGCAUGCUUUCUCAAAAUGCAAUGGGCUGCGGCUCAGAAGAAACCACCGUCUCUCACUCGAAGAGCCCCCUCAUCCGCACAGACCCGCACCCGCACACAGCCGGACAGUCUCCCGGAGACGAGCAGCAAAGACAGAGCGAGGGAUUCGCGGCCAGACCCGCCGCCGCGGGUUGGGGAAGGAAGGUUCAGCGCUGCCCGGCGGCAGCCUCAACCACUGAGCGAGAGGGACCUUUCCCCGAGCAACCUUUCUGUAUAUAUUGUUGAAUUUUAGUUGUACAUAUACUUUGUAUGUUUUUGUCUUCUUUCAUAUAUAGAGUAAAAGCCACAAAACGCC